GAAGAAACUAUAGCAUUCCGGACUGGGACUGUCGGUUGCGCUCGUCGUUAGUAAAAGCAUCUGAAUAUACCAAGCCAUGGCGGAGAGUCUGUGCGUUGCUGUGCUCCUUUUGUGUGGGACUCUGAUCCCCUUCGUGACCGCUGGUAAUGACUGUGAGGGCUACUUCGACGCCAAGAGCCUAUACCAAUCCAAGCAGUACUGUGGUAUACUCCAGGGGUGCUGUGGAACGUGUGAGAAUAGAUACUGCUGCAGCAAUGUCUACAAACAGAUGGGGACGUCUGAACAGAACAGCUGCUUUUUCAGCAGCAGCAUCAGCAGCAGCUCGUUCACCAUCUGGCCAUUCAUAGCGAUACCUGUCAUCUUGGUGAUUAUUAUCAUCUCUUGUUGCUGCUGUCCCUGCUGCUGCAUGUACAACAUGUGCCGGAAGCCCAGACCGGUGAUAGCCACGACCUCCCACACCACAGUGGUGAACACCCAGUUCACCCAGCAACCCCAGCAGCCCGUCCAGCCCUACCAGGGUGGCCCCCAGUACCCAGCCUACCAGCCCGUACCCGUCCAGCCUGGGUAUGGGGCUCAGCCUCAACCCGGCUACGGAGGAGGGCAGCCCAUGACCACAGCACUGGGCUACCAGGGACAGCCCUUCCAGCCAGGACCACCCCCCCCCUACCAAGAGACUGGUUCAGCCUAUCCUCCUGCUAUCCAAGUGCCUUAUAGUCAGGCUGGGUUCAGUCCGGGACAACCAUCUUACCCCUUCCAGCCUCCAGCUCAGCCUGGCUACCCAGCCCAGCAGCCCGGCUACCCAGCCCAGCAGCCCAGCCACCCAGCCCAAGCUGGCGCGCCUCCCGCUCAGCCUGACUUCCUCUCUGCCCAGCCUGCCUACAACCCUGCCUUCGUGGACUCCCAACCUCCGAAGACUGGCUACUGAGUCAAUUCUCCAUCACUAUCUGAUGCAGUUCUCCCUCCCAUUCUCCAUCACCCACUGGUGCAGUUCUCCCUCCCAUUCUCCAUCACCCACUGGUGCAGUUCUCCCUCCCAUUCUCCAUCACCCACUGGUGCAGUUCUCCCUCCCAUUCUCCAUCACCCACUGGUGCAGUUCUCCCUCCCAUUCUCCAUCACCCACAGGUGCAGUUCUCCCUCCCAUUCUCCAUCACCCACUGGUGCAGUUCUCCCUCCCAUUCUCCAUCACCCACUGGUGCAGUUCUCCCUCCCAUUCUCCAUCCACCCACUGGUGCAGUUCUCCCUCCCAUUCUCCAUCACCCACUGGUGCAGUUCUCUCCAUCACCCACUGGUGCAGUUCUCCCUCCCAUUCCCCAUCCACCCACUGGUGCAGUUCUCCCUCCCAUUCCCCAUCCACCCACUGGUGCAGUUCUCCCUCCCAUUCUCCAUCCACCCACUGUCUGAAGCAGUUCUCUCCAUCACCCACUGGUGCAGUUCUCCCUCCCAUUCUCCAUCACCCACUGGUGCAGUUCUCCCUCCCAUUCUCCAUCCACCCACUGUCUGAAGCAGUUCUCUCUCUCAUCACCCACAGGUCUCCCUCCCUCCCUCCCAUUCUCCAUCCAUCCACUGUCUGAAGCAGUUCUCUCUCUCAUCACCCACAGGUCUCCCUCCCUCCCUCCCAUUCUCCAUCCACCCACUGUCUGAAGCAGUUCUCUCUCUCAUCACCCACAGGUCUCCCUCCCGUUCCCCACCACCCCAAACAUGUCCCAUUCACUGAGCUUCUAGAGCUCACCUGGGAGAGAACUGAACUGCAUCCCAAACAGCACUAUCCUGGUCAAACGUAGUGCACUACAUAGGAAAUAGGGUGCUGUUUGGGAUGAGUUCUAUACCUCGUUAGGGCCAGGUAUAUUAUUAUGACAGUCUAAAAGGGAAUCUUCAUGUAUUGCUGUGCCUCGGGUCUUCAUUGUGCAACUCAAACUGUGGUUUAAAACAUUUUGCACUGUAGUUGAAUGACGUAAAGUAGAAUCAAAAUGUCUGAAUCCUCAUUCACACAAUUGUGAAAUAUACCUAGUUUAGUGGUGAAACAGAUGUUCUAUUAAAAUGAAGCUAUCCUGUCUCGUACAGAAACAGUUGUGCCUUUCUUUUUUUUUUUUUUACCAUAAAUUCUUGGUCCAACCAAAUUAUAUAUAUAUAUAUUUUUAAAAUAAAACCAGAGUGUAUGUUGUUUUCAGACACCGUUUUAAAAUGUCUACGUCCCCAUGUAGGGCACUGCUUUUGUCCAGAGCCCAAUGAACUCAAAAGUAGUGCCCUAUGUAGGGAAUAGGGUGCCAUUUUGGACUGUUAAACCUCCACAAUAUUGCCUUGUUUUUCCCACUUAUGCUGUGAGAUCAUGUAAAAUAAUUCUGUACCAAGCCUUGCAGGUGAACCAAGCUGAAUGAAGCGCUACCAGCCUUUAAAUGAAAUGUAAUGCUUUUUAAAUGUAAAAAAAAAAAAUCUGAUUGACCUCUCCUCUGUUGAUAAUGUCCCUGUCUGCAUCCCUAAUGGAUCCCUAUAUAAGUGCACUACUUUUGAGGUCCUGUGGUCAAAGGCAGUGCACUAUUUUGGGAGCCAGCCCUGGUCUUCCACACUGUAUCUGUGAAGUCGGGGGUCUGGAAAGGUCAGUGUAGAAAUAUGCUGUGUAGAACAUGCAUGCGGUUGACAUGUUUGGAGUGAAGAAUCAUGUCGGCUGCUAUUGGUUGUAUUUCUGUCUGCGUGCAGUAUGCUGUUGCACUCUUUAUUUUUUACACCACCCUCGUCGUUAGAACUUGUUGCCCGGGGUUGUUUUGUCCGCGUCACACGUGUUUCUAUCCUAUGUCAGGGGGUAUUCAACUCUGACCCUACGAGGGACGGAGACUGCUGGGGUUCUGUUCUACCCGAUCAUUAAGAAUUGGACCCACCUGGUGUCCCCAGGUCUAAAAAUCAGUCCCUGAUUUCAGUCCCCGAUUUCAGUCCCCGAUUUCAGUCCCUGAUUUCAGUCCCCGAUUUCAGUCCCUGAUUUUAGAGGGGAACAAUGAAAACGCAGUGGAACAGGCUUUGAGGUCCAGAGUUUGAGAGCCCCCACAGCGGAUGUGUCAUAAUACCCAUAAAACCUAGCUGUCAAAACAGGGAAAUGGUUCCGAUCGUCCCCCCCUCCCCAAUAGGCGAUUUUAGAAACACUUAAAAGUGUUUCGUGUAGGUUUACCCUGGCGUGACUCAAUGCAUUCAGAUGGGUAUUAUGACUCAUGUUGUGACAGGAUACCAGCCUUCGUCUGUUGUUCAUGUGACUUCAGGUUGUGAGCACCUUCGUCAGCCAUAUCUGCUUUAGCGAGCUGCUUGUUCGAGCUGAGUAAAUAACAUGCUGUAGUUUUUAAAAUGUUAUCAGGAAUAAAAUGCCACUUUUUUUUGCUACAAUGACAAAUAAAUGUUUUUUUUUUUUUC